AAUUGUUGGAGAGGUGUUGCUGUGGACGGCCGUGAUGGCCUUGCCACCCGGCCACAGUACCCUUAAUGAUACGUAUACCAUUCGGCUGUAACUGCCAGUGCCAUCCGUCGUGUAAAAGUAAAAACUCCUCAUUUUGUUUCUCCCUGUCUUAAAUGGGAAUAUACCGAAACCGACCUACUUCUGAAUCAACAAGAAACCAAUUGCAUGGCUCCACCCGGAAUCAAAAGGCCGUAAGUGACUACAACAGUCCGACAUGUGUCCUUUGCGCUAACUCCAUAUCAAGAAAAGUGAAAAAUCCAAUUUCACCUCUUCUUUACAAAACCUCAUUAUAAAACCCUCCACAACCUGUCUUUGGAUUCUCCAUCUUGCCUUCACACAACUUUUAUCUUUACAUACACACAAGAUUCUGUAAUCUUUAACUUUAAGCGUAAUAAUUACGCAAAGCAUCAAUCCAUGCCUGUAGAAUCCGCGUUUAAAGCAAUCGAGAGCGACGAAAAUGUGUUGCAAAAGCACGUUGCUUUCUUUGAUCGUAACAACGAUGGUGUGAUUUACCCCUGGGAAACUUUUCAAGGGUUUCGAGCAAUUGGGAGUGGAAUUCUGCUAUCCUCAGUCGCUGCUCUCUUCAUUAAUAUGGGUCUCAGUGGAAAAACUCGCCCUGGGAAGAAGUUCCCCAAUUUACUCUUCCCGAUUGAGAUCCAAAACAUAAAUAUGGCAAAACAUGGCAGUGACUCUGGCGUCUACGACACUCAUGGAAGGUUUGUUCCUUCAAAGUUUGAGGAGAUAUUCGAGAAGUAUGCACGAACGAAUUCAGAUGGGUUGACAGCAGAUGAACUCAAAGAAUUUAUCAAAGGAAAUAGGGAACCAAAAGGCUAUGGAGGAUGGAUUGGAGGGUUUACAGAAUGGAAGAUCUUGUAUUAUCUGGGUAAGGAUGAGAAAGGAUUAUUGAAGAAAGAUGUGGUUAGAGGUGUUUAUGAUGGAAGCUUGUUCCAUAAAAUGGAGGAAGAAAAGGAAAAGGCUAAAGCGUCCAAGAAGAAACACAUUGAUAAGUAAAGAAGUGAAGGGUGAAGAUGGUGUGUGAAUUUUAUGUAUGGGAAGAACAUUGAAUUGUGUAAGUAAUAAUUUUAUUUGAAUUUUCAUUAUCUUAUAGACCUUGUAAACAUUAAAUAGAUUGAAAGAGCUUGAUCUUAAAG